AUGAUCGAGCAACUUAAAAAUUUUAUUCGUCAUGGUAAACAGGCAAAACCUUUUCAAGAAAAUCCAAAACAACUGAAUCCCGAAGAAAAUUUUAGAGAGAAUCCAGAAGUAAAAUCAAGAGUAGAUGAUGCAACCGUUGCUAUGAUCGUAGCGGAAGAAAAAGAAGAAAAAAAUAAAAUUCCAACGUAUCCUGGUUUAGAAAGAUAUAUAUUCUUGGAAAAAAUGGGAGAUGGUGCAUUCAGUAAUGUGUAUAAAGUAUUAGAUACAAGUGAAAAAAAGAAAGUUGCAAUUAAAGUGGUGCGUAAACGUGAGCUUAAUCUUUCACAGGAGAAACAUCUUCAUCGUGAUAUGAAAAAGAAGCCUCGUGCUAUUGAGAGAGCCAACAUUCUUAAAGAAGUACAAAUAAUGCGUCAAUUGAAACAUCCAUCAAUCGUUUCCUUAUUAUCAUUUUCUGAAUCAACAGAUUAUUAUUAUCUUGUUAUGGAAUUGAUGGAAGGUGGAGAGCUAUUCCAUCAAAUUGUUAAACUUACUUAUUUCUCUGAGACUUUAGCAAGGCAUGUUAUUGUUCAAGUAGCAGAGGGAAUAAGAUAUUUGCAUGAAGAAAAAGGUGUUAUUCACAGGGACAUAAAACCAGAAAAUCUUCUUUUUGAUUCUAUUCCAAUCAUUCCUUCCAAGAAUCCACCACCACCAAGUCCCUAUGAUGAGUAUAAAGAGGAUGAAGGUGAAUUUAUCUCUGGUGUUGGUGGAGGAGGUAUAGGAAGAGUCAAAAUAGCAGACUUUGGGUUAUCAAAGAUAGUAUGGGAUGAACAGACAAAGACACCUUGUGGCACAGUAGGAUAUACAGCACCCGAGAUUGUCAAAGAUGAAAGAUAUAGUAAAAGUGUUGAUAUAUGGGCACUUGGAUGUGUUCUAUAUACAUUAUUAUGUGGAUUUCCUCCAUUUUACGACGAAAGUAUUGACGAUUUAACCGAGAAAGUUGCUAAAGGCGAAUAUACAUUUUUAAGUCCUUGGUGGGAUAAUAUUUCGGAUUCAUCAAAAGAUAAACGUAUUGUUAGAUUCAUAGAAAAAGAUAACCGACAACAAAAACUAAAACUUGACUCACCGCUUAUUUAUGAAGAAGUAUUAGGCACACCAGGGGAAAUCAUUAGACGUAAAGAUGUAUUGUCACCAGGUAUUUCUUUGAAGGAAGCAUUUGAUGUCGGUUUUACUAUACAUCGAAUGGAAGAAGAGAGUGCUAGAAAAAGAAAGUUGAAGGCUAUGAAACCAAAUAAUGCAUUUUCAACAUUCACUGCCAAAUUAAACCCUUAUACAACCGAUAGUGAUGAUGAAAGUGAAACAGCAUCAUCAUCAGAAAAAUUAUCUGUCAUCGGUUCUAAAAAUACCACCGCUUCUACCACCACCAGUACUACCAGUGGUAAUAAGGCUACUACAAAGCAACCGGUUAAAAUGAAAACAGGAACAGGUGUUGGAUUUUCUCAAUCACUGGGAACAAACAAACAUGCUAAAGAAACAUCAAGACGUAAAGCGUUUGAGUUAAAUAUGGAAGGUGCGACUUUAUUAGGGAGAAGACGAAAAGCUUUAGAGGCAGGUGGUAUUUAA